AUGCAAACGCCAGCGUCCAGCGAACACAGUUCCCCGACCAGCCCGUGUCUGUCGGAUCUGCAAAUAGGCCGGCUCCUUUCCAUCACCGUGCAGCUGAGGAACCUAGUCGCCGAGAUUGCCUCGGUGGAUAGCGAGAAAUCGCUGGACGAAGCUCCCCCCGGCGCCGACCACGUCUCCCCCGACCGAUCUACGGCCCUGAUUGUACUGAGCUGCUACUCCCGGCUCGACGUCAUCUACACCCGCGACGUGGACAUCUUGCGAGACGUGCAGCGCCGCGGGGUUCCUCUAAGGCCGUCAGAUCGUCUGAUGCCCUCGCUGGCGAUUAACGGGUUUUCGCUGGCAUCCUGCCAUGGGAUCCAGCUGAUGUUUAUCAUCCAGUUGUAUGAACAGACACGAGACAGCAUCCGCGAGAGUAUGAGAAAAUGUGGCGAAAGCCAGGAUACAUAG